AUGGAACCGCUAGACAACUACGCCCUUUCAGGCGACCUCACGUCACACGAGUUCUGGAGUCGCCUCCGUAGGACCCGUAAUUCAGCCCUGGGUGCCGACAGAGCGCUUCCGAGGCAAUGGAGGCAGGACCGAUGCUUUGUGGUGUUCAAAAGCGGCGACGCAUCCGACGUCGACUCGUGGCGACCCAUUAUCAUCGAGUCCUGCUUCCUGCGCCUGUACUCCUCGAUGCGGCGGUAUCGGCUAGCUGACUGGCCGAGGAGUAGCGUCAUAGUGUCGGCGGACGUGCAAAAAGGUUUCGACCGAGUGAGAGCUGCAGCUAUGCUCCACAUCGGUUGGCUAGACGUUCGGGAUGCUUUCGGCUCUGUACCACAUGACCUGUUGACGCGCAUCCUGAAGGAGACCGGCCUCCUAGAGCAAGCACAAGGCGUCUUCCGUGACAUGUACGAGAACGCCUCCUUUGCGGUCGACACCGAAGGUGCAAGCACGGGCGAGAUUCCGCUGAAGGCGGGAGUUAAACAGGGGGAUCCCUGCAGUAGUCUCCUAGUCAACAUGCUCAUGGAUCCUCUCAUUAGGGCAAACCUGGAUAAGGAGGACCGCCAGCGUUUCUCGUACUAUGGGCAGCGCUUCUCGAUUUUGGCCUACGCGGACGUCCUGGCUCUGUUCAGUCGUUCGGCACGAGACCUGGCCGAGAUGCUGUCGGCCGUGGAAGAAGUAGUCACUCAACUGGGCCUGCAGUUCAACGCCCAGAAGUGCAAAUACCUGUAG